CUCGAGCUUGGGGGUGUUAACCGAACCCUGCAAUGGCAAGUCUUCACAGAGGUAAGUGUCUCUCUGUUACUUCCUGUCUCAUCAGCAGCCCACAAAAAGGAAACCAGAGUGCAUUUUGAAAGUCUGCAACACAAUGAUCAGAUAAUCAGCUGUCUCAUCGCUGCCACACGAUCCUGCAGUUGAGGUGAAAGUUUGGAGCUUGAAUGAACCAGGAUUAGAAAACUGCCUCUCCAUGUCCGCGGCGACGCCCUCCAGUCCCACCAGUCCCAUGGCGCCAGUAUUGGUCCAGUUCAAGCUGGGCCUGUUCAGGGAGGUGGUUCGAGUCCCUGCUGGCAACCUGAGCUACCGCCAUGCCCACAGGCUGGCUGCUGAGGUCAUAGAGCGCAAGGCUCCAGACUGCAGCGUGGUGGGUGUCGGGGAGAAGAUUCUGUUAUUCCGACAUCAGCCCACAUCUGGGCAGCUGCUGCAGCGGCUGACUGACGGAGACGAGCUGAUGGAUGGAGACCUCAUCGAGGUCAUCAUCUCAGGAUCAGCCUCCGUGACUGAGAUGAGGAUCUAUCCUCACUCGCUGGUGGUCCAGUCGUACCGGACUCCCACUUUCUGUCACCACUGUGGAGAAAUGCUGUGGGGUCUCGUUCGACAGGGGUUAAAAUGUGACGGUUGUGGGUUAGACUUCCAUAAACGUUGUGCCUUCCAGUUGCCCAAUAACUGUAGUCGAGCACGGCGUCAGGUUAGCACCAGCCUCUCGCUGUUUCCACCCCGACGAACCCCCACACACUCGCUGUCCAAUCAGGCAGGAGGCAGUCUGGAAGAGAUCAGCAUGUCCAAGCCCUCAUCCAGGCCUCCAUCUUGGGCCGAGCCUCCGGUGUGGCUGGGAGUCGGCUACGGUGCCAGCAGCAGAGCUCAGGUGCCGCACACCUUCCAGAUCCACAGCUACACCAAACCUACCGUCUGCCAGUACUGCCACCGGCUGCUCAAAGGCCUCUUCAGACAGGGGCUGCAGUGCUCAGACUGCAGGUUUAACUGUCAUCAGCGCUGCGAGCCUUUAGUCCCCAGAGACUGUCCGGGAGAGAGGAGAGGCGUCAACGGGGAAGCUGCCGGCAGCACCUGCCCACCAGACCAAGACGACACUGAGUCAGUGGCCACCACGAUACUAGACAUCUCUGACGAUGAGAUGUCCACUGAUGGUGACUCACUGGCCGAAACUGAGGAAGCUGAGCAACUGCAAGAGCCGAUGAGUCCAUGUUUCAGCAGCAACAUCCCCCUGAUGAGGCUCGUCCAGUCGGUGCAUCACACUAAGAGGAGAGCUGCAGGAGUCCUGAGAGAGGGAUGGCUGCUGCACCACACCGACACCGACACGCUGAGGAAGCGUCAUUACUGGAUCCUGGACUGGAAAACCAUCACUCUGUACCAGAACGAGAGCAGCAUCAAGUACUACAAGGAGAUCCCUCUGUCCGAGGUGCUGCGGGUCCGAGGCCCCGCCCAGCUCGCCGUGCCCUCGUUGCCCAGCGGCGGCGCUCACUCGUUGGAGCUGGUGACGGGUUCGCUGGUUUACUGUGUGGAGGCCGGUGAGGAAGGAGCAGCCUGGGAGAGUGCCAUCCGCCAGGCUCUGAUGCCCGUACAGAGCAGCAGAGGACACGGCGACGGGAACAAAGAUAAAGACCGACAGAGAGACAGCAUGGACAUCAGCUCGGUGUAUCAGAUCUUUACAGACGAUGUGUUGGGUUCAGGACAGUUUGGAGUGGUGUACAGAGGUACUCACAGGAAGUCAGGUCGGCCAGUCGCCAUCAAAGUCAUCGACAAGACGCGCUUCCCUACCAAACAAGACCGACAGCUGAGGAAUGAAGUGGCCAUUUUGCAGAAUCUGUCCCACCUCGGUGUGGUUCUGCUGGAGGGCAUGUUCGAGACUGUCGAGCACGUUUUCGUCAUCAUGGAGAAGCUCCAUGGAGACAUGCUGGAGAUGAUUAUGUCCAGUGAGAAAGGCCGACUCCCUGAACGCAUCACUCGCUUCCUGGUCAUGCAGAUUCUUGAGGCUUUGAGGUAUCUGCACUUGAAGCAUAUCGCCCACUGCGACCUGAAACCUGAGAAUGUACUGCUGGCCUCUGCGGACCCCUUCCCUCAGGUGAAGCUGUGCGACUUCGGCUUCGCCCGCAUCAUCGGUGAGAAGUCGUUCCGCCGCUCGGUGGUGGGGACUCCGGCCUACCUGGCUCCUGAGGUGAUCAGCAGCAGCGGCUACAACCGCUCUCUGGACAUGUGGUCUGUAGGCGUCAUCACGUAUGUCAGCCUGAGCGGCACGUUUCCCUUCAACGAGGACGAGGACAUCCGACAGCAGAUCACCAACGCUGCCUUCAUGUACCCACGGCAUCCCUGGGCCUCCAUCUCUCUGGAAGCUGUGAGCCUCAUUAGUAACCUGCUGCAGGUGUCGGUGAGACGGAGGUUCACUGUGGGCAAAGCGCUGGGACAUCCCUGGCUGCAGGACUUCCAGCUGUGGUGUGACCUCAGGGAGUUUGAGCUGAGGAUGGGCUGCAGGUAUCUGACGCACCGAGGAGACGAGGAGCACUGGAUACGCUACGCUCAGGAGAGGGGGGCGGACUUCCCCUCUCACCUCUGCUGGGGCCCCGACACCGAACUGGACAUGUGACCUCAGCGCAGAGCUUCAAGGUAGGACGGUUUAUGGUCUGUGUAGG